CGCAUGUAAAUAUGUGCAUCCAUAAACCACCGCAAAGUUCUCUCUGAGAUUAUUAUGUGAGUUAAUUAUUCACAACCUACAACAAUUUUGGUAUCAGAGAACUAUAGCGGAUACACCGGUGUCAUAAAAUGGCAGAGUGUUUCAAAGGGAUGAAAGCAUUGCUCAUCCCAAGUUAUAAGAAAACGUGGAUACCCUCCCAUAAUGAAAUUUUAGUUGGAAAAUACCAAUUACAAACUGAGAAAUAUCAGCGCUCCAAACAAGAAUUCACAAUUGACGCAUAUCCAAAAUCUGCCACAGUUAGAACCGAAGAAAUAAAUCCCACGCAACUGCCCUUGAAACCCCCACAAGCACAGGAUGUGCUUACUAUUCAAUGCAACUUUCUCUUUAUGGGACUUGCUUCAAGUGACAUUUCAUUAAUGAUAUCAACGCUUUUGGAUACAAAACUACCUCAAACUACUCACAACACAAAAAAUGAUUCGAACAUCAUCACCCGGACAUCGUUUGAUGAUGGAAACAUUAAUUUGAAUAUUUUCAACAUUCCAGAAUUCCUCAGAGGUAGUUACACCGAGGAAGAUGCAGAACUGGUGCUUGCUGUAAAAGCCAUUACAAAAAAAUAUCUGCCCAACAAACUUCCCAACGUUUGUUUCCUCGUGAGCCGAUUUGAUGACAAUCGGUUCCAAGGGGAGGGGUCCGACUUCUCCAAAAUGUUAAUUGCUCUCAGUCAUUGCAGAGACUCAUGGACAGAUGGCAAACUUUCGAAUGUGAUUCUUGUCCUCACGCACUCUUCCAACGUUCAGAUACUAGACAUUCCCAACAGGAUUUCGAAAUUCCAGGAAACGUUCCAUGCCGUAUUCCCACAAGAAAAUGAUACAAUCACAUGCGUGCUAGUGGAUAAUGCUAUGCAAGGAUUAUCCGACAGAGAAAAACUAAUCGAAGCUAUUACAAAUAUUGCUAAACGUAGAAAUGAUACCAUGCUUUAUCCAAAACUGGCAAAUCAAUUGCAACCUCUGAAUAUUGAAGAGUGCAAAACCAUAUCAACAAUUCAUCCGGUUUCUGAAUUGCUUCCCUCGACAAGACGAGAAGUCAAUGAAUUAUUGGAUCAAAUUCUUCAAAGUAAACCUGGAUCACAAAAAAUUUCAAAUUUGAUGGAUGACGAAUUUUCUACAAUUUUUGUUCCGUAUCAUAGUAGCAGUAGUACUAGUGUAGAUAAGUCCAUUUUAAUAAACCCGAACUCAUAUGUAAAUCAAUUUUUGGAUGAUAGGACGACAAAAUUGCUUCCAAAUGUAAAACUGUUAAUGGCCGACUUUAUUACAACUGUUCCCAUUUGCAAGUUACAAGUUGGAGACAAAUUGCUAAACCAAAAACUACUUCCCGUUAUUGUAAUUAGUGUGAGAAACCAGAGAGUAAAUAUAAAUUGUAGCAAUGUUGGGAGAAAUUUUGUUGCAUGUGAGGAGUCCUUUGAGACGCCUCAGCUUCUGAAGUACUUCGAGAGAAACAAAAAACUUAAGAGGGUAGAUUUUCCAGAGCAUAUUUUUAAUUAUUCCGUAAUCGACAAUAAUUCUCAAGUCUUUUAUGAACUUGAGCUAGAUAGUGACCCCUACAAUACGGGUGAUGAUUCAUACAUUGCUGAUGGAUUCGUCAUGUGUUCAAAUCCUCCAGGUAUUUACAUAACGAAACUAUAAUGUGUCAUAUGUAUUAAAUAAAGAGAUUAGAAGAUACUUACGUAUUUAAUAUA